AAAACGACGCGACGGUUUCCUCCUCAAUUAGAUCCAAUUCCGACAGAAAUAUCUUCUGUACCAAUGUUUCACCGUCGUUGGCUGUCUCCUAUCCAUCUAAAUUGUUCACUCGGACGUUCAGAAAACUCUAAUCCGUUUACGACAUUCCGACAUCUUUCUGGCACAUUUAACUUAUCUCGUAACAUACGCGCUCAUACUCUUUACACUGGAGAUAUGGGUGCAAUUUUUACUGAAAAUAAUGAACCAACGUGGUUUCAUCAUACGCUCCCGUAUGCAACUCAGUGGUUAUUACCUGUCAUUAGUAGUAAAGGAUAUGCUCUGUUUCAAUCGCAAGCUCAAUCUCAAUCAACUUUCACAUUUCCAACUGCUACUCUUGUAACUCCA